GGAACCAAUCGCCGCUUCCGCCCUCUGACCCGGAAGCAGAGUCGGCGCGCGCCGCUGCAGGCUGGGGAGGAAACCAGAUUUCCUCUGACCAGUUUUCGACAACCUGUUUCGUGACCUCAUCCAAUAGAAGGCUAUUUUAUUUUUACAACUGCUCAAGUAUUGACAUACAAGAUGAAGCAAGAUGCCACAAGAAAUGCUGCCUACACUGUGGAUUGUGAAGAUUAUGUGCAUGUGGUAGAAUUUAAUCCCUUUGACAGUGGGGAUCCAGGAAACCUAAUUGCAUAUGGUGGCGGUAAUUAUGUGGUGGUUGGCAUAUGUACAUUUCAGGAGGAAGAAGCAGACGUUGAAGGAAUUCAAUAUAAAACACUACGAACAUUUCAGCAUGGAGUCAGGGUCGAUGGCAUAGCGUGGAGCCCAGAAACUAGACUUGAUUCAUUGCCUCCAGUAAUCAAAUUUUGUACUUCAGCUGCUGAUAUGAAAAUAAGAUUAUUUACUUCAGAUCUUCAAGAUAAAAAUGAGUAUAAGGUUUUAGAGGGCCAUUCAGAUUUCAUUAAUGGUUUGGUGUUUGAUCCCAAAGAAGGCCAAGAAAUUGCAAGUGUGAGUGAUGAUCAUACCUGCAGGAUUUGGAACUUGGAAGGAAUGCAGACAGCUCAUUUUGUUCUUCAUUCCCCUGGAAUGAGUGUGUGCUGGCAUCCUGAGGAAAGUUUUAAGGCCACCACUGGUACUUCACACCUUCAGGAAUGUUUGCACUGUAAUAUAAUCAGAAUUACAAGAACAUUCUGUAAAAGUGAGAACUUUACAGAAAAUCUGAUGGUUGCAGAGAAGAAUGGAACAAUCCGGUUUUAUGAUCUUUUGACUCAACAGGCUAUUUUAUCUCUUGAAUCAGAACAGAUGCCAUUAAUGUCAGCCCAUUGGUGCUUAAAAAAUACCUUCAAAGUUGGAGCUGUUGCAGGAAAUGAUUGGUUAAUUUGGGAUAUUACUCGAUCCAGUUAUCCUCAAGAUAAGAGACCUGUCCACAUGGAUCAAGCCUGCUUAUUCAGGUGGUCCACAAUUAAUGAGAACUUGUUUGCAACCACUGGUUAUCCUGGCAAAAUUGCAAGCCAGUUUCAAAUUCAUCAUUUAGGACACCCUCAGCCUGUCCUCAUUGGUUCUGUAGCUGUCGGAUCUGGCCUUUCCUGGCAUAGAACUCUCCCACUGUGUGCAAUUGGAGGAGACCACAAGCUGUUGUUUUGGGUGACUGAAAUGUAAAACAAAUUUUCUGUGUACCUUAGAUCCAUAAACUUUGUAUUUUUAAUACAUAUUUUGGAGAAUUUCUUAUUUUUGUAUCAAAUACACUGUAAACUCUAGAAGUGUCCCAAUUGUUGUUUCUGUUAAAUAAAAUAUUAAUGGUUUGAAAAGUCA